AUGCACUAUCUGCAAUUUCUCUCCCUCGCCGUCCUACUGCUUAUGUGUAACGCCAGAAAAUCAGUAUACCGUCGAAACUCGCCGAGUCUGCGUCGACUCACACGAAAUUACGAUUGGGAAGUGGACGAGCAUGGUGCACUACGACCGAUUAUUAAUCCAGCGAAGGUGGAAAGAGCCACAAAAAACUGCGCCAACGAUUCAUUCAUAUUGGGAACGAUAAUGAGCAAUUAUAAUAGGCACAAGAUUCCCGGCGGGCAGGUUGAAGUUUCUGUUGAAGUAUGGGUACAAGAGAUCACAACCAUUUCAGAUAUCACAUCGGAUUUUCAGCUCGACAUCUACAUUUAUGAAACAUGGCAUGAUCCAGCACUGAAUUAUGCAUUUCUGAAUCCAUGUAAAUAUAAUCUAUCAUUGAAUUCGGUCCUUUUGGAGAAGCUAUGGACACCAAAUUCGUGUUUUAUCAACUCAAAAACUGCCGAUAUUCACAAAUCGCCGUUUCCCAAUAUAUUUUUGAUGAUUUAUGCGAAUGGAACUGAAUCUAUUCUAUGGACAAAUUAUCGGCUGAAACUACAAGGACCUUGUAUCAUGGAUCUCACAAAGUUCCCGUUCGACAAUGUGACAUGUUCGCUAACAUUUGAAAGUUUCAACUACAACACAGAUGAAGUGAAAAUGGACUGGUCCGAAAACGGUGUACAAAAAAUGCGAGAUAAAAUGGAACUAGCUGACUACGAACUAGUGGAUAUUCACAAAAUACGAAAUACAGAAGAAUAUCCCGCUGGCUAUUGGCACGAGUUAACAAUGUCCUUUGAGUUUAAACGGCGAGCCGGAUGGUACAUUUUGCAGGCUUAUUUACCCACUUAUCUCACUAUUUGUAUAUCAUGGAUCUCAUUCGCACUUGGCUCAAAAGCCAUUCCAGCUCGAACAAUGCUCGGAGUGAACAGUCUACUGGCAAUGACAUUCCAAUUCGGUAAUAUUAUCAGGAAUUUGCCGAGGGUUUCCUAUGUCAAGGCUAUUGAUGUGUGGAUGCUGUCCUGUAUGACAUUUGUGUUCUGUUCACUCCUCGAACUCGCCUGGGUUGGUUAUUUAUCCCGGGAAGAAGAGCCAACUGCUUCCAAAGGUCUUCCGUGCUCACAAGUUGCUCCAAAACCUGCACAUCCACCGCCUGUUCAACAAUCGGCCAAUUCUACAGUAAUCCGGCGGCAGAAACAGCCCAAAAACGAGGAGGAGAGCGCAUUGCUCAGCCUUCGAGACAACGAUUACGGUUAUAUUCCACCUGGAUUUGGUUUGAAUGGAAAUUUGGCGAGCGCUAUGAAAAGUUUCAGUUCGUCAUGCUCCUGUGAGCCAACAAAUGUGGUCAACAUGAUGCUAGACGAGGCAGAAACGAUUCCAGCAUCUACAUCGUCUUCUUUAUCUCGAAAACAACGUCGUGAAAUUCUUGCUCACAAAAUCGACUCGGUAUCUGUAUUCAUGUUCCCAUUUCUUUUCGUUCUUUUCAAUAUUGCCUAUUGGCAACAUUAUUUACGGGUCAACUGA